AAAUGUCUUCCUAUUUAGAAUCACCAAAGCUUCCGGUUCGAGAAAUCCCAGGGGACUAUGGUUUCCCUAUUAUUAGCGCGAUUAAAGAUCGAUACGAUUAUUUUUAUAACCAAGGUGAAGAUGCUUGGUUCCAUGGCAAAGCUGAAAAAUACAAAUCUACUGUUGUCAAAAUCAACAUGGCACCUGGUCCUUUCACCUCUAAUGAUUACAAAUUGGUGGCAUUUUUAGAUGCCACCAGCUUCGUUUACAUGUUUGAUAACACCCUCAUCGACAAGACUGACACUCUUGGUGGUACAUUUAAGCCUGGCAAAGAAUACUAUGGUGGUUAUCGUCCAGUCGCAUUCGUCGAUACGAAAGAUCCGAACCAUGCAGCAUUAAAAGGCUACAUUCUAUCUUCGUUUGCAAAGAGACAUAACUUAUUCAUACCUCUUUUCAGGAACUCUCUAUCUGAUCACCUCUUUAAUGAUCUAGAAAAACAAGUCUCUGAACAAGGGAAAUCGGAUUUCAAUGCGUUGCUACCUAAUAUGACGUUUGGUUUCAUUUUUCGUUUGCUUUGUGAUCAGACUAAUCCGUCUGAUACAGUUCUUGGCGCUCAGGGACCAGAACAUCUUCGCAAAUGGCUUUUCCCUCAGCUCAUUCCGUCCUUGAGCGCCAGAAAACUUCCCAGUUUUAUAGAAGAUUUGCUCUUCCAUAACUUCCUGAUACCAUUUGGUUUCGUAAAAAGUGAUUACCAAAAACUUGUUGAUGCAUUUAGCAAGUCUGCAGUGUCCAUGUUGGAUGAAGCAGAAAAACUUGGAAUCAAAAGAGAAGAAGCCGUACAUAACAUGCUUUUUCUCGUGGGGAUCAAUAUGUUCGCUGGCUUGAAUGCUUUCUUCCCUCAUCUCAUCAGGUUUGUAGGGGAAGCAGGGCCAAAUCUACACACUCGACUUGCUAACGAAAUCAGGACUGCUAUUAAGGAAGAAGGUGGUGCAAUCACCUUAUCAGCAAUCAACAAGAUGAGUUUGGUCAAGUCCGUAGUCUACGAAACAUUGAGGCUUCGCCCACCAGUACCAUUACAGUACGGUAAGGCGAAGAAAGACUUCAUGGUCCAGAGCCACGACGCGUCCUACAAGAUCAACAAAGGACAAUUCCUAGUCGGAUACAAUCCCAUGGCUAGUAGGGACCCUAAGAUUUUUGCAAACCCCGAUGAGUUUGUACCUGAUAGGUUCAUGGGUGAUGGAGAGAAAAUGCUGAAACAUGUACUAUGGUCUAAUGGAAGGGAAACUGAGAAUCCAGCACCAGAGAACAAGCAAUGUGCAGGGAAAGAUUUGGUGCAACUAUUGGGUAGGUUAAUUUUGGUGGAGUUCUUCAUGAGAUACGAUACGUUCACAGUGGAAAUUACACCUCUCUUUCGUGCACCAAAUGUUGCGAUCAAAACAUUGACUAAAGCAACCAGUUGAUUUAUUGUUUUGUCUGAUCAAAGUAUGUGUUCAGUGGAUCUUCUUGCAUAGACGUCGUUGUUGAAUUUUAUUAUUUGUUUAUUGUAUUUAUUUCCUUUUUGUUGUAUUUCUUCUUUAUUAUUUCAAAUGAAUAAUGUUGAUCAUAGAUCGAGUCAAAA